AUGGCUUCAGAUACAGACUUCAAUGGGGUACAUGACCUCGGUCAUGGAAGGACGCAGAUAUUCCUCAAUGCAUUUGAUAUGUUCACACCAACCCAUAUGAACUUUGGGCAGUGGAAAAACCCCGCGGACAAGGGCGACACAAAGCGUGAUCUCUCGUACUGGGUCGAGUUGGCAAAGGUGCUGGAGCAAGGAGGGUUCUUGUCGCUCUUCAUCGCGGACACGUAUGGAGGGUACGAGACGUACGAGGGCAGUCUCGAUAACUGCGUCUCGAGAGCGGUCCAAUGGCCUGUGUUGGAUCCCAUUGUGCUGGUAUCCGCGAUGGCUGCCGUGACCAAGAACCUGGGAUUCGGUGUCACCGGUUCGACUGCGGGCGAGCUUCCGUUCUUGCUGGCCCGGCGCUACUCUACUCUUGAUCACCUUACAAAGGGGCGCAUAGCUUGGAACAUUGUGACGUCGUGGAAGAAAGCCGCGUUCAAGGCCAUUGGGUUCGAUAGUCCCGUUGAGCAUGAUGAGAGGUAUUUGCAGGCAGAUGAAUAUGUCCGUUUGACGUAUAAAUUAUGGGAAGGCUCCUGGGCAAGUGAUGCUCUUAGUCCUGACGCAGAGAGCGACAUCUACACCGACGCAAGUAAGGUCCGUAACAUCAAACACAACGGCAAAUACUUCAAGCUUGAAUCCAAGUUCAUCGUGGACCCAUCACCCCAGCGGACACCUUUCCUAUUCCAGGCCGGCACAUCCCCGGCCGGGAUCGCCUUCGCCUCACAGCACGCGGAGGGCAUCUUCCUGGGAGGCUUUACGCCGGCCGCAACAGCAUCCAAAGUAGCCACCAUCCGCGCCGCCGUGGCAGCCAAGGGCCGCGAUCCCCGGAGCAUCAAGUUCUUCUCCAUGGUGGUGCCGGUUGUGGGCCGCACGGACGAGGAGGCGCAAGCGAAGUACCAGGAGCUCCGCAAUCACGCGAGCACGACGGGCGGCCUGGUCUUCAUGAGCGGCCUGACGGGCAUCGACCUCGCCCAGGUGCCCCUGGACCAGGAGCUGCGCACCUCGGACAGCACCGACGCCAACAAGAUCCACAGCCAGCUGGCCAACCUGACCAUGGACGACGAGACCAAGUGGACGCCGCGCAUGGUGGCGGAGCGCGCCUCGCUCGGCGGGCUCGCGCCCCUCAUGGUCGGCGGCCCGGCCACCGUCGCCGACGAGAUGCAGCGCUGGGUGCGCGAGGCCGACAUCGACGGCUUCACCAUCGCGCAGAUGACGGCCCCCGGCAGCCUGGAGGACAUCGUCGAGCUGCUUGUGCCGGAGCUGAGGCGGCGCGGUGUCUAUCCGAAGGCAAGUAGCGAGGACGCUGAGGGGUUGACCAUCCGAGAGCGGAUACUGGGCAAGGGGCAGAAGAGCUUGAGGGAUGACCACGUUGGGAGCACUUAUAAGUUUGACGUGUACAAAGAAGACUCUCUGGAUGAAAGUUGA